GCCCAGAUUCAACUCCGACACCUUCUCUUCUCACCAUCAUACUCCCACAAGUGCUAAGUAUGUACCAUCCUUCCAGGGCUGCCAGGGUAUGGUCUCCUCCACCGCCAAGCUACCAUAGCAUUCCGAAUGAAGAACCAGGCUCUAUCAACGAGCGUACCUCGCUGAAGCCAGAAAGUACUUCUGGCAAGCGUUCGCGUAGGCUCCAAAGCCUGACAUUCAUCUUCGUCGUGGCACUGCUUGCCUUCCACCUCUUCAGCGACUACACCAACACCAACCGCACGGAUGUCCAAGACCGGAUGCGUCGUCGCGAGGACGUGGAACGAGCGAAAAGAAUCAAGGAUGAGGAUAUGCGGAGGAAGCUAGCACAGCAGCAGGAAGACAGGAAGAGGCGAUUGGCGCACGAGGAAGAGGAUCGCAGGUGGAAGGUGGAGAGGGAGAGUGAAGAAAGGGCAAUUCGGACUAGGACGAUUGCUGUGGAAUAUAGAGAGCAAGCUGUCCGAGCUAAAGAAGAAGCAAUCCAAGCCGAUGAACAGCGUAGGAAGCGUGCCAGACUGGUCUGGUGGGAUCUGACGGCAGAGAAGCGAUGCUUGGGAUACGAGAAGAGGAUGUAUCAUGCGGAGCUGCUGAAUGCACCAGCGGGGGAAGAUGCACAGAAUUGGUGCAUGAAGACAAGCAUCGAUAUCCAUGGCAUCACGUAUGAUCAUCCGGAACUUUGUACCCAGGAGCUGGUGGAUGGAGUUGUGAAGACAAUCGGAUAUUGGACUGUCAGGUCCAAUGAACCGACAUGCAAGACUUGGUGGGGUAAUCAUCAAAAGAAGGACUGCUAUGGUUCUCACAAACGGCGCGUUGAAGCACAGAUGUUCAAUCAUCAAGAGCCCUGGGACAACUGGGCUGAGAUGUGCUUCUCUACCCCUUCCGAAUUCGCCUGGAAAAGAUUUGAUCAUCCUGAUACCUGUGAGAGUAGGGGGAAAAACGGUAUCGUUGGAAGCUGGUUCAUCGAGGUAGAUGAGAACGAGUGCCCGUGAGUACGUUGGAAAGUCUGCAUCUCUGUUUUCGCUGUUUUCUUGCUGUCGGUCAAUGCAAAGAGCAUUGUGUACUUAUGUAGAAGUCAUAUAUCGUUGUUCCCAGAAACUUCGAGUGUAUAUCAUAUUCCCAUGGGGAGUUAACUGAUAAAUCCUCAUCGACAUACCUCCGCAAUACGUUGCUGCUCGAGCGUCCACCUCAGAGCGAUACUUACCUCAAACGUUAGUCACCAUUCACGAAGUCGUAAUCAUCGCAAA